AUGACUAUGCCUCCGAUACCAGCGUUUUUGAGGACCACAUACUCUUGUCAGAGACCAACACCUGCCAAUCCACCAAACAAUGAAUUUGUAGAGGCACUCAAAGAGAUACGAACGACACGAAAACUGCUCGGUGAUGAGAUUGGUGUGCGUGCCUAUUCGACUGCAAUUGCCACUGUAGCGGCGUACCCUUAUGCGAUAUCCACUUCUCCUGCAAGACUUCCUGGUUGUGGCAGUAAGAUUGCCGAGCUUUAUCAUCAGUGGAAAACAACUGGCUCGCUUGGGGAGAUCGAUUCCUCACAACAGGAGGCAAGGUUACCCGUCUUUCGCCUGUUUUAUAAUAUAUGGGGCGUCGGUGACACGACGGCUCGCGAGUUUUACAAAAAGGGCUGGCGAGAUCUGGAUGAUCUAGUUGAAUACGGCUGGGACCGCCUCAGCCGUGUUCAGCAGAUCGGAGUCAAGUAUUAUGACGAGUUCCUCCAACCCAUUCCACGCCAUGAGGUGGAAGCCAUUGCUGCCACCAUUCUUCGACAAGCUCAAGAAAUUGAGCCUGGCUUCCAGCUGACCAUUGUCGGGGGUCACAGGCGAGGCAAAAAAAGCAGCGGUGACGUCGAUGUUAUUCUGAGCCAUGCGGACGAAGAUGCCACUUAUAGGUUUAUCGAGAGGCUCGUCGCAUCUCUCGAGAAGGCACAAUUCAUCACGCAUACACUUACGUUGAGCACUCACAACAGUGAGAGGGGCCAGAAGCCUCUCACGUGGAAGGCUGAUACUGCUAGGACCAAGGGGGCGGGUUUCGACACGCUCGAUAAGGCCAUGGUGGUUUGGCAGGAGCCGGGGAGCAAAGACUCGGCUUCUGACAGGCCACACCGGCGUGUCGACAUCAUCAUAAGCCCGUGGAAGACAGUGGGUUGCGCAGUUCUAGGGUGGAGUGGCGGGACGACCUUCCAGAGGGAUGUGCGAAGGUACUGUAAGAAGGAAUUAGGGUACAAAUUCGACAGCAGUGGCAUACGCAAACGAUCAGACGGGUCUUGGGUCGAUUUGGAGAGAGGGAAUCAAGGGACAGCGCCCGAUAUGGUGACGGCCGAGCAGCGUGUGUUCGAGGGGCUGGGACUUGACUGGCAGCCGCCGGAACAGCGAUGCACCGGGUGA